GCAAAAGGAGGAGGUUACCGUCACAGCGCUCCUCUCUCUCUCUCUCUUCCCCACAGAAACCUUCUCAGACCAGACCACGCACUGCCAAAAACAUGGUCAUCCAAACCUGAUUAAUCCAUAGAGCAUCAAGGAGAGGUACUGGAGAGGAUGUCAAGACACCCCAAAAGCUGAAGAAGACCUUGAAAGGAUAUAAUUAUGGACUGAUGAAAUAAAGUUAAAAAAAUAACCCCGGAUGGAGCACUGGUGAGGUACCAGAGAAGAAGAACAGUCUUUAACCUGCGGAGCAAAUGAUCUGAGAGUGUUUGGCAUUCAGUUCUGUUCAAGUCAACAGUACAAGAGACGUGAUGUUGUGUGCGCAGGGAAUCGGCACCGUGGCUCUUUUCUACUGUGUUCAUCUGAUGACAGUGACGGCACUGAUAGACUCUGACGAUGUCAUCACACGAGACGAGCAGAUCUACGUUCUGAUAGGUGCUCACGCCCGGUGUGAAAGGAACAUUCGGACACAGUUGGUGCUGGUCAAAGAGGGAGACUGCAUCCCAGAGUGGGACGGGAUCAUCUGCUGGCCACGGAGCAGAGCGGGUCGGCUGGUCUCCAUGCUUUGUCCAGAGUACAUCUACGACUUCAACCACCGAGGGCGAGCCUACCGCCAGUGUGAUGCGUGGGGAAACUGGGAGCAGGUGUCCAGUAUCAACCGCACUUGGGCCAACUACACAGAGUGCACCACAUACUUGACCUCCAACCACAGGAGCCAAGAGGAGAAAGUAUUUGAGAGACUCCAUCUCAUGUACACUGUUGGCUACUCCAUUUCUCUCACAUCACUGUUGGUGGCAGUCUCCAUCCUCUGCUAUUUCAAGCGUCUCCACUGCACACGCAACUACAUCCACAUUCACCUCUUCACCUCCUUCAUAUGCCGAGCAGUCAGCAUUUUUGUGAAGGACGCUGUGCUCUACUCCGUAUCUGAGGACAGUAAGACUGAGCCUGAGUUCACUGCGCAGAAGCCCCACAUGGCCGGUUGUAAGGUUGCUGUUACUCUCUUCCUGUAUUUCCUGGCGACCAAUCACUUCUGGAUCCUGGUGGAGGGGUUGUACCUACAUAGCCUCAUUUUCAUGGCCUUCCUCUCUGACAAGAACUACCUGUGGGCCCUCACCAUCAUCGGGUGGGGUGUCCCGGCUGUGUUUGUGUCCAUUUGGGUCAGUGCACGAGCAUCAAUGGCAGACACACAAUGCUGGGACAUCAGUGCUGGAAACCUGAAGUGGAUCUAUCAAGUUCCCAUUCUGGCAGCCAUUGUUGUGAACUUCCUCCUCUUUGUCAAUAUAAUCCGAGUUCUGGCCUCUAAACUGUGGGAAACCAACACUGGUAAACUGGAUCCUCGACAGCAGUACCGGAAGCUGCUCAAGUCCACGCUAGUCCUCAUGCCCUUGUUUGGCGUUCACUACAUGGUGUUCAUGGCUCUUCCCUACACCGAGGUCACCGGGCUGCUGUGGCAGGUGCAGAUGCAUUAUGAGAUGUUCUUCAACUCUUCCCAGGGAUUUUUCGUGGCAUUUAUCUACUGUUUCUGCAAUGGGGAGGUGCAGGCAGAGGUGAAGAAGGCGUGGUUGAGACGCAGCCUCGCUCUUGACCUCAAACAGAAAACCCGGAUGACCAGCAGCGGCGGCGGAGGCAGCUGCUACUACGGCGGCAUGAUGUCACACACCACCAUGCACAGUGUCAGCUUGUCCGCUGCCAAUCCCAGAGCGCUUUCCUUCACAGGAGGCGUGAUGGGAUCAGGUGGAGGUGCUGUCGGCGGGUCAGGGGUCAGGCCGCCACGCCACACCUCGCUCCACCCACAAACCAGCCUACCUGGAUAUGUUCCUGGUGAUACUGAGACCUCGGGCGUUUUUGCCAGACAUGUCAGAACCAGCAAAGGAAAUCAUGACUGGAGAAGUCACGGGGCACCUUCAACCCAAACCCCUGGAGCAGAAGACGCCGACAGCUCCUUAUCUCUGAAGGAGCUGGAGACAAUCUUGUGACUGGGUCAUUGGUCAUAAUGAUCUCUCUCGAUCUCAACUUGUAAGCCCGAUUGAACAAGAAGUCCUUAAAGUGCUCAGGAAAAUGGACAUUCCAACAUGCACACCUUCAUGACAGCUGCUGAGGAAGAUCGUCAACAAUGAUAGAGGUUUGAGGCUUUGUCGGUGGGUUCCAGCGGGUCACAGACACAUUUUAAUUUUCGCAAAAUAACAUCAAAAUAAGGAUUGGAGGAAACUUUGUGCUGGAUAUCUUGUGGGUUUAUUGAAUUUCUGUCAGUGUACAGGAUUUGUACAUCACUUGUUUAAUGCUUUGAAAUUAUGUUAAAGAAAUGAGGAUGUGAUGCUGCAGAGAAUUCAGAAAAGUACAGACAGUGUUUACACACAGUGAGAUCUUGAGGGUUAAUUUUUCUCCCACUUCACAUCUUUCCUGUGUUGGAUUUUCCAUGCACGACUGGCUGACCCCAAUUCAAACGGCUGUGUGUUGCAGAAUCUGCUGUAUCCUCCCUUUUUUUUUUUUUUUUUUUUUUUUACAAAUAAUGACUUCCAGGCAGCAGCCACACAUUAUAUUUUAUACAUUACAAAGCACUGCACUACAAAUAUCAGUUUUCCCAAAAAGCCGAUGGUCCCAGAUGAAUUAUUUUUCAUCAUAUAGUCACGUCUAGACAGGCAGGCAGACUCUCUGCACCUUUGUUGUCACUCCAUGUUGUCUACUCAUCAGUAUUUCAGGACCCUGAGGGCUGAUAACACAAACCUUUGGCCCCUCACAGGUCAAACCCCAACUCCUUCCAUCGUGUCACCUCUGCCCUGAAUGCCUUCACAACACCGUCCAGAAUUUCACACGUUCCCCUUAGGCCUUGGCUCGGGGGCAGGAGGCACCUGAGUGUUUCGUAGACCUCGAGCGUGACUGACUAAACAUGCAGCACAAGCCACCAGUAUUCGCACGAUUAGCAGACAGGGAACUGCGCCAGUAAAUAGCAAUCUAUAUUGCUGCUUCUCUGUUUAUAUGAUGUACAGUGUAAGAUUAUGUUCAGAUUAUGUUGAUACCUAUUUUGAUAUACAGCAGACUGACACUCUUAAUAGAAAAUCAACAAAAGCAAGUUCAAAAUGACAUCUCUGGGGAGGAUACUGAAUUAUACAUGAGCAUAAGUGCAUUUUUUGAGUAAAGUGGAUAACGUGGAGAUGUAAAUCAAUAUUGAUUCAUACUGACACUUUUUGGCCCUGGACAUCUUUUGUUCCUCGUGUUUCUGCGUCGUAUACGUCACAUCUGCAAAAUACUCAACAGCAUAUUGGAAUCUGAAAAGACCCACAUGAUUUAAAUAUUUCAUUGCAUAAUAAUCCAGCGAGGUGAAGAAACAAUUUGCUUUCAAGACAGAACAGUAUAGAGCCAUGGGGAUAUGAUUAUUGGUUAAAGGGGCACCCCACCAGUUUGAAUUAAAUAAACCUAAAGAUGUGAUCGGGUUUAUCUUAGUUCAAGACCUGACUUAUACAAUAUGCAGGUGUGGGGGUUUAAACUAAAUCUUCCCAGCUGUCCCUAACUUUGAUUCCAGUGCUUGAAUGAUAUUCAAGAUCUGUAGCCUGUUGUUAAAAUAAAGACAUUGCAAGUGAAAAUGUUCUCAAUGAUAUGCUAUUUCAAAAUUGUGUGUUACAGUGUCAAGACAUGCUUAAAAUGCAUAAAGCAAACUGCCCAGAUGAGAUUAUGAUUUUCUGGUUAGAGACUACAGUUUACCAUUUCACAGCUCAGAUCUGGUCAAAACAGGAAUAUGAAGCAUUGGAACACAAAAAGCACCACACACACACACACACACACACACACACACACACACACACACACACACACACACACACAGAUAUGCAUGAGUGAUUACUCCUGCACCAGGACAAAAAGAUCACAACCCCCA